GUUCAUUGGAGCAGCAAAAUCCAUUUAAAGCCUCUGCUUUCUGCCCCUCUGCCUCCACCACUCAAUCAAAGCCUCCACUUUUAACCCCUCCUCUCGCUCUCUCUCUCUCUCUCUCUCUCUUCCCUCCCCAAUGGAUGCUUCCUCUACAACAACCAUGGCGCUCAGAGUCUCCUCCUCCUCUUCCUCCGCCUCCUCCUAUUCUUCUUUCAAGCCCAACAAGUCACUCCCUUUCAAGUUCAGCAGUUUCCGGCCACGUCCCCAGCCCACACCCUUCAAAUCCCUCAAAUGCAUCCAAACGCCGCCGUCUUCCAAUCCCAACCCAUUAAAGCAUCCGCCGCCGCCUCCCCAAAACCCUGGCUCAGCCUCCCCCUUCUCCUGCUCCGCCCUCACCCUCUCCUCUCAAACCUCCGAGCUCGGCCCCUUAAAGCUCCAAACUUUGAUCUCCGAGUUCCAAUCUCUCCUUGAGCCGAUCGACAGAGUUAAACGCCUGUUGCACUACGCGGCUCUCCUCCCUCCGUUUGAUGAUUCGGGUCGGGUUGAUUCGAACCGGGUCAUGGGCUGCACGGCCCGGGUGUGGCUGCAGGCCGAGAUGGACGAGGAGGGCAAGAUGAGAUUCGCAGCUGACAGCGAUUCCGAGAUCACCAGGGGCUUCUGCUCCUGCCUGGUUUCGGUGCUCGACGGCACGUCGCCGGAGGAGGUGUUGCGGGUCAAGACUGACGACUUGUCGUCACUCAAUGUGGGAUUGCCGGGCGCGCAGAGGUCUAGGAUUAACACGUGGCAUAAUGUGCUGGUCAGUAUGCAGAAAAAGACUAAGGCUUUGGUAGCCCAGCGGCAUGGUACGCCGCCGUUCGAGCCUUUCCCGUCGCUCGUCGUCACCGCCGAGGGAAUUCAGGCAAAAGGCAGCUUCGCUGAGGCCCAGGCGAGGUACUUGUCUCCUGAUGAAUCGAAGGUUGGGGAACUUGUUAAUGUGUUGAGGGAAAAGAAAAUUGGGGUUGUUGCCCAUUUUUACAUGGACCCAGAGGUUCAAGGUAUUUUAACUGCUGCACAGAAACAUUGGCCUCACAUCCAUAUAUCUGAUUCUUUAGUCAUGGCGGAUUCUGCUGUGAACAUGGCGAAAGCUGGUUGCCAAUACAUUACAGUCUUGGGUGUUGAUUUUAUGUCGGAAAAUGUCCGAGCUAUACUUGAUCAGGCUGGAUUUGAAAAGGUUGGUGUGUACAGGAUGUCAAAUGAACGAAUUGGAUGUUCUUUGGCAGAUGCUGCAUCUAGCCCUUCGUAUAUGGGCUAUCUUGAGGCAGCUUCUAGGUCUCCUCAUUCGUUGCAUGUUGUGUACAUUAAUACUUCUCUAGAGACAAAAGCAUACGCCCAUGAGAUUGUGCCGACAAUUACGUGUACAUCUUCAAACGUUGUCCAAACCAUUUUGCAGGCUUUUGUUCAAGUUCCAGAUGCAAACAUAUGGUACGGGCCUGAUUCUUACAUGGGUGCAAAUAUUCGAGAAUUACUUCAGCAGAUGACUAAGAUGACUGAUGAAGAAAUUGCUGAGAUACAUCCAAAACAUAAUAGAGACUCAAUCAUAUCUUUGCUACCUCGCCUUCAUUAUUUUCAGGAUGGGACAUGCAUAGUACACCAUUUAUUUGGAAAUGAAGUUGUCGACAGGAUAAAAGAAAUGUACUGUGAUGCUUAUCUAACUGCUCAUUUCGAGGUCCCUGGAGAAAUGUUUUCUUUGGCAAUGGAAGCAAAGAGAAGAGGAAUGGGGGUUGUGGGUUCUACCCAGAACAUACUAGAUUUCAUAAAACAGAGAAUUCAGGAGGCUUUGGAUAGAAAUGUCAAUGAGCACCUUCAGUUUGUGUUAGGAACGGAAUCUGGAAUGGUGACUUCAAUUGUAGCAGCAGUUCGUAGUUUGUUAGGUUCUGCGAGGUCUGGAGGAGCAGAAAUUAAUGUAGAAAUUGUAUUUCCAGUUUCAUCAGACUCAGUGACAACGUCAAGUUCUUCCCCUGGCCUUGACUCUGUAAAAGUUGGUGAUGUCAUACUACCUGUCAUACCUGGAGUUUCCAGUGGGGAGGGAUGUUCCAUCAACGGCGGCUGUGCUUCCUGUCCAUACAUGAAGAUGAAUUCUCUCACCUCCCUCCUGAAAGUUUGCCACCACCUGCCCGAUGAGACAAAUAAUACCCUUUCCGCAUAUGAAGCAGGCCGUUUCAAACUGCAAACUCCCAAUGGAAAGUUAGUUGCGGAUGUUGGGUGCGAACCAAUACUGCACAUGAGGCACUUCCAGGCCUCUAAAAAGCUGCCGGAGAAGCUAAUUUCCCAGAUCAUUCAUCCGUCUGGUGACGGCAACUCGGUGCUGUUAAAUUAAGUGAAAGCUUUAGCCUAAAUGAUAGCAACCUUGGACUGCAAGCAAGAUUCUGAAUCCUGAGGGAGGCUUUUUCUUCAAGCAAAGUAUUCGUUUCCAAACCUUUGUUGCAUCAUUUCCUCAAUUUAUUUUUCAUACGUGACAGUCUUGCAGUUUAACUGGUUUAAUUACACACAGCAUAGUUCAGAGUUUAGAGAUCUAUAGGAAUGGAAGUUAUAAUAACCAUCGAUUUUUAUAUUCAAUCCCACGAUCAAGGAAUUUGAGUUCUUCCCGAGUCUUGCCUUCUAAAUCUCCAUCCCCGGGACAAAUGCUUAUGGAUACGUAGAUGUUUAUGAUGGUAAGCUUUCACUUACUGGUACUGACCGAAUGGCGAGCACAGAUAUGCAAUUCAUUCCUCAAGCAGACGUACGAUAGACGGCAUCAAGAAGUUAGUAACUAUUUCUUCUGAAUUUUGUGUAUGUUAUUUGGAGAUGUGUGAUUAUCCACAAUAGUUACGCAUAAAGCUCGAAAGGGCUCGUUGUUAAAUUGUUCUCUUCCCGCUGCAUUGUGUUGGGAGAGUAGGCAAGUUUCUCAUGUUCUGUAAUCUGUACUCCUAUGGGGAACGUUAUAUACAAAUUCACUAUUUGACUGUCA